UCGUGCCCUGACACAGCAUGUUUGAAGAGCUCCUGCAGGCUCCUGCUUUGGCCUCCUGGUUGGGGCUUCUUGCAGGCUUGCUGGCCGUCUACCUUUUGUACUCCAGUUGGACUUUCCAAGACGAACAGAAGCGUCCUCCUGGACCCAGACGUCUUCCCUUGCUUGGUAACCUGCAUCAGUUGGAUCUUCAGAGGCUUGAUAAGUCUCUUUUUAAGCUGUCUAAAAGGUACGGACCGGUGUUUACCGUCUACUUGGGACUCAAGAAGGUGGUGGUUCUGGCUGGAAGCAAGACAGUCAGACAGGCUCUCAUCAACCAUGCUGAGGAGUUUGGGGAAAGAGAAAUCACCCCUUUAUUCCACGAUUUCACCAAAGGGCAUGGCAUAACAUUCUCCAAUGGUGAUGGCUGGAAGGAAAUGAGGCGCUUUACCUUAGCGACUCUGAGAGAUUUUGGGAUGGGCAAGAGACUCAGUGAGGAGAAAAUCACUGAGGAGUGUCACUACCUGAUUGAAGAGUUUGAAAAACAUAAAGGCAAAGCCUUUUACAACAAAACAAUCAUCAGCUACGCAGCUUCAAAUAUCAUUUCGGCCAUCAUGUUCGGAAAGAGGUUUGACUUUAAAGAUGCAGUCCUCCGAGAUAUGGUGAAAAAUGACCAAGAAAUCACUCGCCUGGCUGGAUCAGCUUCCAUCGUGAUCUACAAUGCAUUUCCAAAGCUGGGCCCUUGGCUUAAAAACUGGAGGGAUAUAAUGAAGAAUAUGGAGAAUACCAAGCAGCAUUUAUUGCACUUAAUAAACAAACUAAAGGAGACUUUUAAUCCUGACAUAUGUCUGUGCUUUGUUGAUGCUUUCUGCACACGUAAGCUGAGUCUGGAGGAGUCUGACGCUCAGAGGGUGCAGUACCACGAUGACAACCUGGUUUACAGCGUAAUCAAUUUGUUUAUUGCUGGAACUGACACAACAUCAAACACUCUUCGCUGGAGUCUACUUUUAAUGGCCAAGUACCCUCAAAUACAAGAUCGGGUCCAGGAGGAGCUUAGUAGGGUGGUGGGAGACCGUCAGAUCAAAAUGGAGGACAGGAGGAACCUGCCUUACAUCGAUGCUGUCAUCCAUGAGACGCAGAGGUUCGCCAACAUUGUCCCCAUGUCCGUCACUCGCAGCACCAGCAGAGACGUCACCUUCCAGGGAUACUUCAUUGAAAAGGGGACCACUGUGCUCCCUCUGCUGACAUCUGUCCUCUAUGAUGAGAGUGAGUGGGAGACACCAAACACCUUCAACCCUUCCCACUUCCUGGACGAGGAGGGUAAAUUCAUCAGGAGGGAUGCUUUCUUGCCCUUCUCUGCAGGCCGCAGGGUUUGUCUUGGGGAAGGUCUGGCUCGGAUGGAGCUCUUCCUCUUCUUCACACACCUCCUGCAGCGCUUUCGAUUCACCCCUGCACCCGGGAUGUCGGAGGAACAGCUGGAUUUGACGCCAGUGGUGGGCUUUACGCUCAGUCCUCUACCACACCAGUUGUGUGCUGUCAGUCGCCACUGAGAAGAAGUUGUUUAGAUAAAAGUAAAAGGAGUGUCUAAUACAGGGGUGUCAAACGUACGGCCCGUGGGCCGGAUCAGGCCCCCGAACAGGUUUUAUCCGGCCCGCGGGAUAAGUUUGCUAAAUAUAAAAAUGAGCCGAAAUUUUGGAAUGAAAGAAACCGCCGUUCUAAAUGUGUCCACUAGAUGUCGCAAUAGCAAUUCUUUGUAUCAUUGGGGAUGAUGCUACAUAUGUAAAAAAAAAAAGAAGUAACCACAUGAUGUGAGUGCACCAGUCCAGGAAAAUGAUCAAACUACAUGAAUAACAUGAUUUUGAUAUAUUUUUUUUUUAUCUUGAUAGAUUGAAAAUCAACACCAAUGAUUUGACUGAUGAAUAUUAUCACAUAAUUUAUUCAGAAAGUAUAAAUAAUGACAAAUAAAGAUAGAAUACUGUUAACCACAACAUGUAAGUGUAAAAAAAACCCCAACAACAUUAUGAUUUGUACAUUUUCAGAAUGUGCUUGUUCUAUUUAAAAAAAAAAGAAAACAAUCUGAAGUUGUCUUUAUUUUUAAGUUAUUGUGCCGUGAUUUUACCAGUCCGGCCCACUUGGGAGUAGAUUUUCCUCCAUGUGGCCCCCGAUCUAAAAUGAGUUUGACACCCCUGGUCUAAUACCUUUGCACUCACUCUGUCAAUUUUGGGAUCAAUGAUUAACAUUAUUAACAUUAAAAUGGAGUGUUUCUGAGCUGCACUGCAAAUAAUGACCAAAAUGUGUGACAUUUGAAAAACUUUCAAAUAAUUCAUACUAGUGUUGUCCCGAUACCAAUAUUUUGGUACCGAUACUGGUACCAAAAUGUAUUUCGAUACUUUUCGGUACUUUUUGAUACUUUUCUAAAUAAAGGGGACCACACAUAAUUGCCUUAUUGGCUUUAUUUUAACAAAAGAUCUUAGGGGACAUUAAACAUGUUUCUCUUUGCAAGUUUGUCC